CUCUAUCUACCUACCUAUAUGCUGGUCCUAAAAACACUUGAAGCACCAUUCCUACAGACACAGAAUACAGGGGCCUGUGUGGAACAUACAAUAGUAUGCUGGUUGUAACACGUGUGCAACAAGCCGGUUGCUGUAGGAAGAGGAUCCAGGAAUUUCUAAAUUAGAUAACAUUGCGGUAAAAAUUCAAAUACAGAAAAUGGACAUCAAGCCAGUUAUUGUAGUCCAUGGAGGAGCAUGGGCAAUACCAGAUGAUCUGGCAGAGAGCAGCAAGGAUGGUGUUAGAUAUGCAGCAAAGCGGGGAUUUUCGGUACUAGCAAAUGGCGGAGGAGCUGUUCAAGCUGUGGAAUGUGCUGUGCAAAUGCUGGAAAACAACCCAGUAUUUGAUGCAGGUCAUGGUGCUGUGCUGAAUGCAGAGGGUGAUGUGGAACUUGAUGCAAUUAUAAUGGAUGGCAGAAAUCUUGCUGUAGGUGCAGUUUCCUGCAUCAAAAAUAUUGCUAACCCUGUCAUGUUUGCACGAACAGUUAUGGAGAAGGCUUCCUGCUCUAUGCUGACGGGUGCUGGAGCAAAUAAGUUUGCGGAAACAAUGAACAUUAAGCUAGUCCCAAAAGAAGAACUGGUGACUGAGCUUGCUAUAAAAGAAUGGGAACAAUAUCAAAAAUAUAAACAAAGUGUCACCUGUCUUUUUAACUCAGAGCAAAUGCAUGACACAGUUGGCGCAGUGGCAAUUGAUAAUGAAGGCAAUGUUGCCUGUGCCACAUCAACUGGAGGAAUAACAAAUAAAAUGGUUGGACGUGUAGGAGACUGCCCAAUCAUAGGUUCUGGAGCAUAUGCAGACAAUUUUACUGGUGCCGUAUCUACAACUGGACAUGGGGAAUCCAUAAUGAAAGUAACACUUGCAAGACUUGUACUCUUUAACAUGGAGAAAGGUGAAACUCCCCAGGAUGCUGCAGACCAUGCUCUUGACUAUAUGGUAAACAAGGUGAAUGGCAGAGGAGGCCUAAUAACGGUGAGCAAAACAGGAGAGUGGACAGCAAGAUUUACUACCAAAAGAAUGGCAUGGGCCAGUGUAAAGAACAAUGUAUUAAUGUACGGACUCAAUCCUGGAGAAAUUUUGAAUGAAGUUAUACAUUUAUAGAAUAUAGUGAUAAUAUACUAAAUCAUUUAUAAUAUAGUUGGAGUAUAGAAAGUUGCUAAAAAAAAGAAACACUGAUUGCCUGUACAUUUACCAUUGGUUUUCACUAAUGUUGUUUUAAAUUGUACAAUGAGUAUUUUGUUUAUACUGUCCUUGAAAACACAAUCUGAUAAAUACCAAAACUGUCCUGCAGGUCAUUUUGGUUGAACGAGUUCCAAUAACCAUACAAGUAAAGGAUAAGAUUGUUCAAUAUAAAAAGUUAAGAUGAAUGAACUAUGCGCUAAAUUUUUUACGGAAAAUCAUAUCAAGUUCAAACAAAUUUAUUUUUUCUUUCCCUCUUUCUUUUAUCCAAGGAAGUUUUUCACCUUGACUUUUUUAAAUAAUAAUUUUAAAUAAUUAAGUCUAUGAUUAAAUUGUUGUUAGUUAUUAAAUGUUUUGAACAGCACUGGUCUUAUCUCACAUAUAGUGGCAAUGUUAAAAGCAUCUCUAACAGUGUCAUAGUUGCAUCAUUUUGUGCAUACAGUAUAAGCCAUCUCUGUACAUUAUUUUGUCCUAACAUAUUAAUUACUGGUUAAAAAUAUAUACAUGAAAUACUACUACAUUUCAGAAACAUACACCUUUCAUUUUAUGUACUUUUUUGGUAAUCUAUUAAAAUGCCAUUUUAACAAAAUGACUUCAUUGUGUAUGUGAGAAGCCCAUUUCUAGCAACUGCACUUUUGUUUUCUGUUAAAGAAAUUGAGAUUAUUUUAUAAACUGUAUGUUUCUGUUUCUAUUCUGAAUUAAAAAAUGUGAAUUAGGAUAUAAAUGAUCCAAGGAGAACGUGUUCCCAAACCAUAA